AUGAAUGAAAACAAUACACUUUACAGGUUUAUUGGUCUGCAUAUCAUGUUUUUCUUAGAAGUCAGCAUUGGAAUUAUAGCCAAUACUGUCCUGCUUCUCUUUCGUGUCCUUAAAUUUUUUCUUGAGCACAGGCUCAAAUCCACCAACCUGAUUACUGGGCACCUGGCACUCAUACAUAUAAUGAUGCUACUAGUCUUUAGUUUCAUAGCCAGAGACAUGUUUGGGUUUAAGAACUUGGGAGGUGUCAUCACAUGUAAAUCCAUUAUCUAUUUGCACAGACUGAUGAGGGGCCUUUCCAUCUCUACCACAUGCUUGCUGAGUGUCCUGCAGGCCAUCACCCUAAGCCCCAGAAGCUCCUGUCUGGCAAAGUUCAAAUACAGAUCCUCACAUCACAGCCUUUUUUGUUUUCUUUUUUUAUGGAUCUUUAAUAUGUUCAUCAGCAGUCGUUUCUUAUUUGUCACUGGUAUCACUGCUAAUGUGACUUCACAUAACCUCAUGUUUCUCACUGAAUCCUGCUCUCUUUGGCCCAUCAGUUACUUAUUCAAGGACCUGUAUUUCUCACUGACAACCAUCCGUGAUAUUUUCUGUAUAGGGCUCAUGGUACUCUCGAGUGGUUACAUGGUAAUUCUCUUGUUCAUGCAUAAAAAACAGUCCCGGAAUCUUCACAGCACCAGUCUGUCUUCAAAAGCAUCUCCAGAACAAAGGGCCACCUGGACUAUUUUGUUGCUUAUGAGUUUCUUUACAGUCAUGUACUUUUUUGACUAUGCUAUUGCCUCUAUUUCUGGAAUGUUAUGGAAAAGUGACCCAAUUCGUCACUGUAUCCAGAUGCUGGUGGGCAAUGGCUAUGCCACAGUAAGUCCUUUGGUGCUAGUCAGCACUGAAAAACAAAUAAUCACUUUCUUAAUAUCUAUAUGGAAGAAAGACAAUAGGUGUUUGAUUAUUAAGUGA